UUUUUUUGCUGUAUAAUGUGCUUAUUUAUUAGUAUUUAGCAAUUUUAAAAUCCAAAAAAGCUAAAAUAUUCUCACUAACGCAUUGAUUGAGCUUUGGUUGAGAAUAUCUGUUUCUUCUACAUCCAAAGCUCUUUCCUUUACCAUUUUUUUUCUCUCUUUUUGGUGAGAGAGAAAGUGGAAUGCUAAGACUGAGAAAAUCGGAAGGAAAUUAGCGAUGGUGGUGAGAAAAGUAGGGAAGUAUGAGAUUGGAAGAACAAUCGGAGAAGGAACCUUCGCCAAGGUUAAGUUCGCGCAAAACACGGAGACCGGCGAAAGUGUUGCCAUGAAAGUCCUCGAUCGCAGCACCAUUAUCAAACACAAAAUGGUCGAUCAGAUCAAAAGGGAGAUAUCUAUAAUGAAGCUUGUUAGACAUCCUUAUGUUGUUCGUUUGCACGAGGUCAUAGCAAGUCGAACUAAGAUUUAUAUAAUCUUGGAGUUUAUUACUGGUGGUGAAUUGUUUGAUAAAAUAGUUCAUAAUGGUCGUCUUAGUGAAGCGGAAGCUAGAAGAUUCUUCCAACAGCUUAUUGAUGGUGUGGAAUAUUGCCAUAGUAAGGGAGUCUACCACAGAGAUUUGAAGCCCGAAAAUCUUUUACUUGAUUCCGAAGGAAAUUUAAAGAUUUCAGAUUUUGGCCUUAGUGCGCUGCCAGAACAAGGAGGUAGCCUCCUCAGGACAACAUGUGGGACUCCUAACUAUGUGGCACCAGAGGUUCUCAGUCACAAAGGGUAUGAUGGUGCUGUGGCAGAUGUUUGGUCUUGUGGGGUCAUCCUUUAUGUUUUGAUGGCAGGUUAUCUUCCAUUCGAUGAGCUUGAUCUCACCACUCUAUACAGUAAGAUUGAGAGAGCUGAGUUUUCUUGCCCUUCUUGGUUUCCUGUGGGAGCAAAAUCCUUGAUUCAUAGAAUUCUAGACCCAAAUCCUCAAACUCGUAUCACAAUUGAGCAAAUCAGGAGCAAUGAGUGGUUUAAGAAGAGCUUUGUUCCUGUCAAACUUCUUGAGUAUGAAGAUAUUAACUUGGAUGAUGUAAAUGCUGUUUUUGAUGAUCCUGGGGUUGAUAAGGAAGAAAGGGGUAAUGAGCCAUCAGGAAAUGAGGAUAUGGGUCCUCUGACUCUUAAUGCAUUUGACUUGUUUAUUCUUUCUCAAGGCUUGAACCUUGCGACGCUUUUUGACCGCGGGAAGGACUCCAUGAAGUAUGAGACACGAUUUGUCUCACAGAAGCCAGCAAAGGUUGUUCUGUCUAGCAUGGAAGUUGUUGCUCAAUCAAUGGGCUAUAAGACACACAUUCGCAAUUAUAAGAUGAGAGUUGAAGGUCUUUCAGCUAAUAAGACUUCUCAUUUUUCAGUUAUUCUCGAAGUUUUCAAGGUUGCUCCCACAUUUUUUAUGGUAGAUAUUCAAAAAGCUGCUGGUGAUGCUGCAGAAUAUCUCAAGGUUAGUUACCUUGAUUCAGUCACGUGUCAGUUUUACAAGACAUUUUGUGGCAACCUGGAGGACAUCAUAUGGAAACCUCCUAAUGAAUCAAGCAAAUCAAGGAUCACUAAAUCUAAGAGUAAAAGGCGUUAAUCUGUUGCCGCAUAACAUUGCCAAUAUUUUCAGACGAGUAGGAUUACAACCUCGAGGACUGUGUUACGGCGUACCUAACCUCGCAUUAUGUUCUUUCCCCAAUUCCUCUGCUUCCCCAAAGAAUAGGAAUUAUUUAUUUCGACUUCUUUUAUUUUUUGUAUUGUUAGUGUUUAUAAAGCUCUCUUUGUUUUGAACCAUAAUUUGUUUCCUUAAUGCUAUAUGUUGUAAUCAUGCCAGUGCCAAGUACCUGAUAUUUUAUGAGAUCAAAUGAAGACUAAUUUCAGUUAUUGGCAUUUUACUAUUGUCUUUAAAUUGAUCGAUAAAAAUGUUCCAGAGGGAGAGCCCGACCAUCAUAUUCCUCAGCUCCAGUGCUCAGCCUAGCAUUCUCAUUCCACUCGAAGAUUUUCGUAUGACUUGAUGUAUGAUCCCGUCCC